AUGUCCAACAAGGGAAAGGGACCUGCUGCCAAAACUAUAGUCGAUGAUGAUGAUAUCGACAACAUGGAAUUCGAACUCCCAGGAGUAAACUACUCACCCCAGCCACCCCAACAACAAUCCCAACAACCAUCAAAACAAAUCAUGCCAUCACCACCCAUAGGCCAAUCCACCAUCGACCCAGCCACCCUCGCACGCUUUAAAUCCUGGCACUGCAUCUACCCAGUCUACAUCGACGCUGACAAAACAGUCGCCCAAGGCCGCCGCAUCGCCAAACACCUCGGAUGCAAAGAACCACACAUAUUCGCAAUGGCCGAAGCCGUACGUCGAUUGAAUCUAUCCGCCGUCCUCGAAGGUGACAAGCGCCAUCCACGAGAUCCGUUCGUGUUUGGCAGGUUACGUGUCCAGUUGCGUACGCAGGAGGGGGUUGCUGCUCAUGGGGCUAUCAGGAGCAAAAAGAUGCUGUUGGAGGCUAUUGCGAGGUUGGUGCCGGAGAUGAGUCAGUUGAUCAAAGCUAAUGAUCCAAGGGUCGCUGCGUUGGCUGCUCAGUCGAGGAGUGAGUUGAGUGCUGCUGUCAGGGAGGAGAUGAAGGCUUCGGCGAAUCAGAUCAAGGAGAGGGAUGGUGGUGGGAAGAAGAAUAAAAAGAAUAAGAAAUAG